AUGGGUUCAUCCACCUCUCUACCUAAGGCCAACACCACCUUCUCUCUGGCUCUCUUCAACAAGCUGAGUGAUGACAACAAGACUGCAAACAUCUUCUUCUCUCCUUUUAGCAUCUCUUCAGCCAUGGCUAUGGUGAUGCUGGGAGCCAGAGGCAACACAGCCAUUCAAAUGUCAGAGACCUUGAAAUUCCAGGAUUGUCAGGAUGAUGUCCACACUAGCUUUGGCCAACUGCUGAGCCGUCUCAAGACACCAGGUGCUUCAAUCGGUCUCAGUGUUGCCAACAGACUGUAUGGAGAGAAGUCCUACACAUUUAAAGAGGAUUUCUUAAAACAAUCGAGGAUGCAUUACAGUGCAGAGCUGGAGUCAGUGGACUUCAAAAACAUGUGCGAGCAGUCCAGGGUCAAGAUCAACAGCUGGAUGGAGAAACAGACAAAAGGUAAAAUUAAAGAUGUGUUGGCCAAAGGCACAGUGAAUGAGUUGACCAGUCUGGUGCUGGUCAAUGCCAUCUACUUCAAAGGAGACUGGAGUGCAAAAUUCUCAAGCUCUGACAGUCGUCACGCUCGGUUUGAAGUCAACAAGACUGACACAAAGCCAGUGAUGAUGAUGCAUAAGACAACUUACUUUCCUCUUGCCUUCAUUCCUGAAGUCAACUGCCAGAUCCUAGAGAUGCCUUACAAAAGGAAGAAGCUGAGCAUGCUCAUCUUUUUACCCAAGGUGAUAGAGGAUGAUACAACAGGUCUGGAGAAGCUGGAGAAACAGCUGACCUAUGAGACAUUUGUGGAGUGGACUCAUCCAAACAGGAUGAAAAACACUGAGGUUGAUGUCAGGCUGCCUCGAUUCAAGAUGGAGGAGACAUAUGACCUGGAGAACGUCCUGACCAGCAUGGGCAUGGUGGACGCUUUUGAUGUCACGAAGAGCGACUUCUCUGGAAUGUCUGAGACCAAAGAGUUGGUGCUGUCAAAAGUCACCCACAAGGCUUUUGUGGAGGUGACAGCAGCCACACAAGAAAUGACCUUUUUGGGUGGACAUGUUUUGUGCCUGUUAAUUAACUAA